AUGUCGUGUUUGGCUCGGCUGGUGCAGAGGGGGAGGGGGGGUCAGGCCUCACCCCUCCUCACCCGCUCCACUCGACCUUCUCCCACCCACCGCUCCCUAAGCUCCUCCCCGUCACGGAUCCAUUGCCACGGGUCUCCGCCCAGUGUCCCCAGGUCACACAGAGAUGGAAGUCGAGCACACAACCUGGAGUUCCCAAAGGCCCCGACCACACAAGCUCCGCCCACACAGGCCCCGCCCACCCCAGCCCCGCCCACCCCGGCACGACACCCUGAGCGCUGCUGCGGACGCCAGGCUCGCACGGCCAUCGCAUCACAUCGUGCCACAGGAAAGAGCUGCCCUAAAGUCUGGAGCAGGGGUCCUCGCACCCCCACCCCUCCCUCACCUGUCAGGAGUGGAUCAGAGAUCGCUGAGACCACAGACUCACAGGUACAGGUGGACUCACAGGUACAGGUGGACUCACAGGUACAGGUGGACUCACAGGUACAGUUGGACUCACAGGUACAGUUGGACUCACAGAGUCAUGUGACAGGAGGAGAGGACAUGAGGAGGACAGGAGGACAAGAGGAGGAGGACACGAGGAGGACACGAGGACAGGAGGACAGGAGGACAAGAGGAGGAGGACACGAGGAGGACAUGAGAACAGAAGGAGGAGCACUAACCUAA